AGCAGGAGCAGCAUCUCAGAGGCAGAGAGAGCUUGCUCUGCAGUGUUUUCUCAGUUCAUCAUAAUGGGGUUUCUGACCUCACUGUGGGCUCCACUACUGCUGCUAAUAAGUGGAGGAGUGAACAUAGGACAGUCAGAAGCUACAUCAUAUACACCCACUUUUGAUCCCUGCAAUAAAUACACUUCUUUGGAUCAACCCUGGAGAGCCAAUAAUGAGACUGGACUGAACAUCUGUGACAAAGACUUCAACUGGAACGGCUGGUACCGUCUGCUCUAUUAUGGGAUGAACAUCCGUUUGUCAGAGAGCUGUGUUCCUACAUCCAGAUGUGGUACUUAUUACACUCUGUGGCUCAAUGGUCCUCAUCCUCAGAUACAGGAUGGAGUGGUCACUCGCCAGGUCUGUGGGAAUGGAGGAAGUGACUGCUGCUACAUUGCUUCCCCGUCAAUUCAAGUUAAAGCAUGCCCAGGGAAUUACUAUGUGUACAAGCUUGUCAGUCCAAGCUACUGCAACAUGGCUUACUGCACAGAUGUCAACACCAUAACCCCAACAACUACAGACACUGGAUCAGAAUUCAGCAUAAGCAUCACAUCCUCCCCAACCAACUACAGCUUUGACCCCUGUAAUAACUACAGUGUUGUUGAUGACUACUGGAGAAACACACGCAUUACUGACACUAAUUAUCGAGGUCAUGAUGACACAGUUGUUGAAUGGAAGGGCUGGUACAGACUGUACAUUGAGGGCAAAAGUGCUAAGAUUGCUGAAACUGUCUGGUGUGAGAGAUACAGGACAUGCGGUGGUUACUCUGCACUUUGGCUUGGCGGAUCUCAUCCACGACUAGAGGACGGCAUCGUCACCCGAGAAAUCUACAAAUCCUACAACUGGUACAAUUGGUAUUGGUACAAUGGUUAUCAAUGCAGUUUCACCACAUCCAAAUCAAUCCAAGUGAAAGCCUGUCCAGGAGAUUACUAUGUCUACAAACUUGUUCAGCCAGAUGUAUCAAUUCCAAUGCCAACAUACUGUGCAGUUGCUUUUAGAAGCCUCACUUAUGAUCCAUGCCAUAACUAUCUCUCACUGGACCAACCCUGGAGAGCCAAUAAUGAGACUGGAUUAAACAUCUGUGAUAGAGCCUUUAACUGGAACGGCUGGUACCGACUGUUCUAUUAUGGGAUGAACAUCCGUAUGGCAGAGAGCUGCGUUCCUACAUCCAGAUGUGGUGCUUAUUACAGUCUGUGGCUCAACGGUCCUCAUCCUCAGCUAGAGGAUGGAGUGGUCACUCGCCAGGUCUGUGGGAAUGGAGGAAGUGACUGCUGUUCCUUAGGAUCCACCACGAUACGAGUGAAAGCAUGCCCAGGAAACUACUACGUCUAUGAGCUUGUCAGCCCAAUCUACUGCAAUAUGGCUUACUGUACAGAUGUCAGCAGCAUAACCCCACUGUCAGUCCCAGCAACUGUGGCCCCAGGUUCAGACUGGACAGCCAGUUUUGACCCCUGUUAUAACUACACGGUUCUUGACGAUGAUUGGAGAAAUGCACACACUUAUAGCUGGAGUGAGAGUGACAGAGCUCAUGAUGACACUCUUGUUGAAUGGAAUGGCUGGUAUCGGCUGUAUCUGCAGGGAGCAAAUGCUCAGAUUCCUGAGAUGUGCGUGAGCUUCGCUACAUGUGGCGGAUGCUCUCAACUGUGGCUCAAUGGAUCUCAUCCACGUCUAGAAGACGGCAUCGUUACCCGAAAAAUCUAUGGAACCAGCACUGAUUUCUACAGCUACAUUAAACAAUGCAUUUACAGACAUAGAUCCAAACCAAUCCAAGUGAAAGCCUGCCCAGGAAAUUACUAUGUCUACAGACUUGUUAAACCAGAACUGUCCAUUCCAAUGCCCACAUACUGUGCAGUUGCUUUUGACAAUGUCACUGACCCCUGCUACAACUACAUUUCACUGGAUCAACCCUGGAGAGCCAAUAAUGAAACUGCGUUGGGCAUUUCUGAUGAAGACUUUAACUGGAACGGAUGGUACCGACUGUUCUAUUAUGGGAUGGACAUCCGCAUGGCAGAAAGCUGUGUUCCUACAUCCAGAUGUGGUAGUUAUAACCCUCUGUGGCUGAAUGGUCCUCAUCCUCAGAUAGAGGAUGGAGUGGUCACUCGCCAGGUCUGUGGGAAUGGAGGAAGUGACUGUUGUUACUACCAUCCCAACCCAAUUCGUAUUAAAGCAUGCCCAGGAAAUUACUACGUCUAUGAGUUUUUGAAUCCAACCUACUACAACACAGCCUACUGUACAGAUGUUAACACCAUAACUCAGGGUGCUCCCCCGACAACUGAAGCCACUGAUUCAGGAUUCAGGACAACAACUCCAACCAAUAACACUUUUGACCCCUGCAAUGACUACACGGUUCUUGAUGAUGACUGGAGAAAUGCGAGCCACUACUAUUACGUUGGCAGCAGAGGUCAUGACGACACCACCGUUGAAUGGAACGGCUGGUAUCGGCUCUUUUUUCAGGGAGCAAGUGCUCAGAUUUCUGAGGGCUGUGUUCACCUUUUGGGAUGCGCUGGUUACACUUUACUCUGGCUCAGUGGUUCUCAUCCACAGCCAGAGGACGGCAUCGUCACCCGAGAAAUCUAUGGAUCCACAGUUGAUGAAAGCUAUGAGUACCAGUGCAAAUUAUAUAGAUCUAAACCAAUCCAAGUGAAAGCUUGUCCAGGACAUUACUAUGUCUACAAACUCGUCAAGCCAGAUGUAUCAAUCCCAAUGCCUACAUACUGCACAGUUACUUUCACAAACCCAAGUUAUGACCCCUGCAACAACUACAAUGAGCUUGAUGAUCAACGGAGAGGCACAAACUUCACCUACAACAACUUGUGGUGGAUGGGUGACAGCAACUGGAACUGGAAUGGCUGGUAUCGUCUGCUCUAUAAAGGAAAUAAUAUCCGGAUGCCUGAAUCAUGUGUAAACCAGUUGAUGUGUGGUGCUAAUGUCCCUCUCUGGCUCAAUGGUUCUCAUCCACGGCUGGAAGAUGGAGUAGUCACUCGGCAGGUCUGCGGGAGCUGGAACAAUGACUGCUGUUAUUAUAAUUCCUACCUAAUUCAAGUAAAAGCUUGCCCAGGAAAUUAUUAUGUUUAUGAGUUUGUGAACCCAGCCAUCAGUAAUUCAGCCUACUGUGCAGAUGUCGAUAGUAUUAGCCCAGCUAUGACUCCAGAAAUCCCAGAAACAACAGCAUUUAUUGAUUCCAUCAUCACAACAGAGAGCAGUACCACUGAGAUAGAUCCACCUGCUAUUACUACUGCACAACUCAUCACUACUACAGAGAGCAGUACCACUGAGAUAGAUCCACCUGCUAUUACUACUGCACAACUCAUCACUACUACAGAGAGCAGUACCACUGAGAUAGAUCCUCCUGCUAAUACUACUCCACAACUCAUCACUACUACAGAUAGCAGUAUCACUGAGAUAGAUCCACCUGCUAUUACUACUGCACAACUCAUCACUACUACAGAGAGCAGCACCACUGAGAUAGAUCCACCUGCUAUUACUACUGCACAACUCAUCACUACUACAGCAAGAGUGGACCCCUGUGUGGAGCUGAACUGCACUGAGGAUGAGUGGUGUGGGGAGAGAGAUGGCAUCUAUGGCUGCUUCUGUAAUGACAAUCGCCCAAAACCAAGAAACAAGACUUACGACUCCAGAGAAACCUGUGAGAGCAGCUCUGGCACCAUGUCUCUGUCCCGCUGUCAGCUCUUUGAAGCUGGUUUCCCUGCUAACGUCCUGCACCUGAGUGACCCCAGCUGCAAUGGAACUCUCCAAAAUGGCAGACUGGUGUUCCACUUUGAUAAUGAUGACCACAUCUGUGGCACAAAUCUCACGGCCAACGGCACUCACUUCAUCUAUGAGAACACUAUCCAGGGAGUAGCUGACUCAGCAGGAGGACCCAUCAACAGAAAGAAACAUCUGGAAUUGCGUUUCUCCUGCAUUUAUCAGCUCAGCCAGACACUCACCAUGGACACAGUAUUCAACCCUCUGCUGAGCAUAGUGCACAAGACCCUUCCAGAUGGUCAGGGGCUGUACCAGGUCAGGAUGAAACCCUAUCAGGAUGCUGCCUUCUCCCACCCCUACAAUGGUAUUGUGGACAUAGAGGUGGACCAGCGGAUCUAUGUGGAAGUGAUUGUUCAGGGGGUGGACAGCCGUCAGAUUGCCACAGUGAUAGAUUCAUGUUGGGCCACUCCUGUGAAUGACCAGAACUAUGCUGUCCAGUGGAAUCUCAUCAAUAAAAGGUGUCCUAAUUCUGGUGAUCCCACGGUGAAAGUGCUUCAGAAUGGUGUCUCCACAAUCGGCCGUUUCUCCUUUAAGAUGUUUGCCUUUAACGGGAAUUACUCCAAAGUUUUCCUUCACUGCUCCAUCCACCUUUGCCUUCUGCAGCAUAGCAACUGUGCAGUGAACUGUUCCCCUAAACAGCAGCACAGAGCUGCCCGGUCUGUGGACACCCACGACAGAGCCUCCAUCUCUGUGGGGCCUUUUAUCUGGACUGCUGGAAGCACAGCUAAACACUAACAUAUUUUCUGUUGACAGAUGAGUGAGUGUCUGAUGCCAGGUCUGCUCCUGCUGUGUGUGGAUCCUCUUCUGAAGACAAUCUGACAACAUUCAAUAUGGGUUUUAGGCUCAAUAAGCCAAUGACAAUAGCUUUACAUUCAUAAUAAUAUAAUAUGUAGGAUAUUUUUCUGUAAUUGAUUUUAAGCAUUUAAGAUUAUACUGUCUGGAUCAGAGAGGGAAUUAAUGUUGAAAAUGUCAAAAUAUGUGCUAUUGUUUCUCCAAAACUUCCAUGUUUUUUCUACUUUUAAGUGUAGAUUUUAGCAUCAUAUGUCUGUCAAACUCUUAAGAGUGUUUUUGGAAAAUCAUCGUAAAACUGUAU